AUGUACAAGCUGCCUGGAGGAACAGAGGUGCUCAAAGAAAUUGAACGCGUCGAAUUCGAACCGACGCCGUCCUGCCCCUAUGUCAAUUUUCGUCAGCUCGGCCAAGACAGUUUAGGUAGAAUUCUCCAAGCGGAAAUCCAAAAAUACGGCUGUGCGGUCGAGCUUGGAGUCGAGCUACUCUCGGUAGAGCAGUCCGAUGUUUACGCCAAGGUGAAGAUUCUCAAGUACCCCGGAGGUGUCGAACCUACCCAGCAGGAUAUGACUUACAAAUGGGUCAUUGGCGCCGACGGCGCCAAGAGUAUCGUGCGCAAACAGCUGGGGUUGGCGUUCCUUGGAGAGGCAACCGAGGAGAACAUGGUCGUUGGUGACAUUCGCAUCGAAGGGCUGAGCGAAGAUCGGAUUCACGUCUGGGGAGACCUAUCGAGCACAAUGACGGCUAUACGUCCAUCAGAAACACCUGGGGUGUUCACUAUUAUUGCCGGCGGACCUAAAUUUGCGAAUCCUGAAACGAUCUGCGACGAUGAAGCAGCUCUCAAAGAGGCUUUAAGACAAAGUACCGGAAACCGGAGUGAUAUCAAAUUUGGUGAGAUAAUUUGCAUGAACCAUUAUAGACCGCAGAUUAGAAUGGUCAACGAGUUUAGGAAGGGAAGAGUCUUUGUUACUGGAGACGCCGGUCACGUACAUAGUCCCGCGGGCGGACAGGGUAUGAACACAGGCAUCCAAGACUCAUUCAACCUUGGUUGGAAGCUCGCUCUAGUGGCAAAGCAGCUUGCUCCUCCGUCUCUCCUUAACACAUACUCUGAGGAGCGUCUCCCUGUCGUCGCAGAAAUGCUCAACAUCACCACCUCGAUCCUGAAGAAGACAAUCAAAAACUUCAACGAUGAAGUGGGAUGGAAUAGAUCUGGGAAUAUAUACCAGCUCGGGGUAAAUUAUCGGUGGAGUUCCAUCGUCGUCGACGAGAGUAAGCCAAGCGAAGCCGGUUCCACUUAUGACGGGAAGGCGGAGGACCUUCGGGCAGGCGACAGGGUCCCAGAUGUCCCGGGACUUGUCCCACUCGGAGCCAGCUCGACAGGAAUCGCUAUGAGAUUGUUUGACAGCCUCAGCACCUCCAUGCAUACCGUCCUUAUCUUUGACACACAGACCGAAGGUUACGAAGCAUUUCUUCAGAAAGUGACGCAAUACCCACAAGGUUUGAUUCAGAUGAUUCUCGUUGUCGGAAAGGAGCAGGAGCAGAAGAUCGACGUAGCCAACCCACACCCAGUCCGUGCUUUCAAGGACAGGGAUAACUACGGAAGUGAUGCAUUCCUUGGAGGCAAGAACGACGGCAAAUUCGGGGUGUUUAUCAUCCGUCCUGAUAGGGUUCUGGGCGCCAGAGUGCAAACUCCAGAGGCUCUGGAAUCUUACUUCCAAGGCGUCUUUGGGAAGAUGGAAUAG